UUUAAUUUGCUAUUUUCAAGGUGAAAUUUUAAUUAAACACACAACAUACAGUAGACAGCGAUAAGACUUGAUACUAUAUCUAAUCAUUAUUCAUUAAAAUGUGGCUGUUAUAACAUACAUUAACAAAAUAUGAAUCUUAACUCAGUUAAUAUUAUUUAUUUAGUAUCAUUUCUUGAUUUAUUUGCUGUGGGGUUAACAUUUCCGUUAUUUAGCACACAUUUGAAAGACCUUGGUGCCUCACAUUUCACCAUUGGAUUGUUCAGCUCAGCUUAUGGAGGCAUACAAGUUUUAUCUGGUCCAAUAGUGGGCAGUUGGAGUGAUGUGAGGGACAGAAAGUCUGUUUUGCAAAUCACCACAUUGUUAUGUUGUUUUCUGUAUGGCACUUUGGGUAUACCAGACUCAAUUCUAAUAAUAUUCUUAAUAAGGUGUCUAUUAGGUGUAUUCAAGCACACUCAAACUCUCACAAAAGCAAUUCUAACUGAUUUUGUACCAGCAAGUCACAAUAUUGCAGUCUUUGGUAAAUCCUCAGCUUAUGCUAAUCUGGGAUUUAUCAUAGGACCUUUAAUUGGAGGGUACUUGUCACAAUUUGAUCAUGGUUUUAUGUACGUUUGUUCCAUCACCGCCGUUCUGUUCGUAUUCAAUUUGUGUAUUGUGUCUAAUUUACCAAAUGAACAAAAGACUAAAGAUCAACAUGGUUCCUUAUUGGUUGGCAUCAAAAAAGAGUUUUCCAAAACCAUCAAGGAGUUAAAGGAUAUUGACUGGAAAGUGCAUUGGAUUAGCUUCUUCCUGAAGUUCCUUACUGGAUUAUCCAUGUCCACAUACUUUACUAACCAAGCCCUUUACUUAAGGGAAAGAUAUGAGUUGUCACAGAAAGAUAUUGGGUACACAAUAUCAUUCCACGGUUUUAUAGGAAUGUUCGUUUCCUUCUUCAUAAACCACAUAGACAAAUUAUACAAACAUGAUGCGUCAGGUUUCCAGCAACUAGGUCAUUUUUAUGCCUUGGCAUCAGCUUGUUUCCUAUGCAUUUAUUUCUCACCAAACGUGUUUAUGUUUAUGUUAUGCCUGAUUCCAUUAGCAAUAUCAUCAACAGUACUGAGAGUGCUAGGCAUGAAUUUGUUAUUGAAGCAGUGCGAGCCUUCCAAAAGGGGAUCGUUAACCGGAGCUUCAAACAGUGUCAUGUCGAUAGCCCGAUUUGUAACACCCCUUUUAACUGGCAUUGUAGCUCAAACUAUGGGCGAAAAUUCUGUGAUAUUACUGGCUGUGAUACCAGUUGUUAUUGGUGCCGUUACCGCACAUUAUUUUAGUAAACGGACAAAAAUAUUGUAAUAAAUUAUUAUAAAAAAUUAAA